CUUCUCUUAUACGCCAAUCACAACGAUUUUGGAAAUAAAAGAGAAACAAGGACAACGCGUACGCAGUCCCCAAGAUCAAAAAUACGCGUAGUCACGGGAACAAUAACCAACCGCCGCGGAGGCGAACAAAAGACUAACAAAAUAAUACUAUAUAAGCGUUAACGACGAAAUGCAUCAAUAAUCGAUUAAUCGAGCAGAAUGGAUCCGAUCGAUCGAUAAAAAGAAACGGGGCUGCUUUCAGGCAUCACAAAAUUCAAACGUUUAAAUUUGCAUGCUCUCUAUUGGACAACAAUAACUGCAUAUUCAGUCGAAGCGUCGUCUGUUGCUUCUCGUGAGCUUUUUGAUUGAACGGGCAAGUAUCCCUUCAUUCUGGGGUUCUCGCAGCUUUUCUUAAUUAACCAAGCGGCCAAUUGUGUUGAGAUAUUAGCCAAUUAUCGUAUAUAUAUAUAUAUAUAUAUCUGAGGUAGAUUGCUAUCGGAUAGCAUUCACCUUGAAUUAAGCAAACGAAUCGAUCGAGGUGGGCUAUGUGGCGCGAGGACAUGACUACUCAUUUCCGUGUUGUAGGGCGUUAGCACUUCCACGACUUCACCAUGGCGACGGCGACACUGGGCCAGGUUGCAUUGAUUCUCCCAGGUAGGUCGGCAGGUAGUACGGCUGCCCAAGCCGUACGGCGGCCAGUUAUCUCGAAGUCUCGACCUGGUCGUGAAAUCUCCGCUUCAGGGUCGAGCUGGAGUUCUACUCGGCCGAUCGCUGGAAGAAUGAAGUUAAUAGAUGAACCAUGACAGAGCACAGAGGCACGUCUUUUUUCCAUUCAUGCGUCAAAGUACCGGUAGAUCCUUACAGUCGGCAACCGACUCCAUCAUAUGAGCGUCCUCAAGCGUCCACGCGUCAAAGGAUGGAGAAGAAUAAGAGGAUCAAUUUCGCCAAGAACGAGCAAGCUGCUAUCGAAGAUUCGGAAUCUUCGAGCCCUCGCGACACCUUGGAAAACUUUCUCGAAUUUCUGGAAAGCAUACCGGAUUACGGGCAGGUGCAUCACCUGUCGAAUGAGCAGUUCAAACAAAAGGUCGAGUACCUGAGGAGAAAACAACGAUUGCUCCUGCGAAACUUGAAGAAUUCAUACGACGAUGCCGCCAUUGUGGAAAACCCGCCUUCACGAUUGUCAAUCCCGAGAAAUGACAGCUCGGGAUCGAAGGAUAAGUCGGAUAUUGGUGAUCUUAAGUUGAACGGCAAGAAGUGCUAUCUGGAAGAGUCCAGAACAAACAGUCCGAUAUUGUUUCCCUCCGGCACCUUCGCUGGUCUCGCUGAGGAUCAAGACUUGUUGACCUACAGAUGCAGAGACAAAGACAAGGAAGCGAAGGCGAUACGUAACAAGGAAAUUCAUUCGGCUAACAAGAGCUGGAGCACAUGGAGCGAGUCGAAGAGCAACGACAGCAUAAAUAGCGAUGGCGAGGACAGUAUAGAAACAAAGAGUUUGCCUCCUAAUAGCUCGAAAGAAUGGCAUCCUACGGUGCCGAAGCCGUUCAGCUUCACACUGAGGGAAGAAGCGGAAAAAUAUAUGACGGAAGUUGAGGCAGCCGUGCGUGCGAAUCAAGAUAACGGGAAAAAGAGUCCUUCGAAGAAACGACGAGUCAGACCGAUUCCUAUCACGUCCAAGAUACCGCUCUACGACAAACUAAUGGCUGAAAAAGAAGAAAGAAGUCGCAUCGUGCGCGAGGAGAGCGCGUUGAACCUGUUGUCCCAAGUGCGACCUUUCAAACUGGAGUGCGAUCGUCGGGCUUGGCGAUCCUUGGCGAGAUCCAGUCCCGAACUCGGCUGCAAAAGUAGCCGCGCAAGCUUGCGCUUCAAGGCCAAGCCGGUGCCCACAAACCUGUUUGGCACUGAAAUAUACGAUCGUAUGCUCGAAGAUGAAUAUUAUAGGCAGCUCAGAAAAAGGGUGCGGGCAGCCGAACUGUUGAAAUCCUCUUCCCUGCCGCCGUCGAUGGCGAGGCGCGAACGAGUCAAGUCCGCGUGUGCGCAUUUGGAGGACACACCGGAGAAGAACGACGACGGCGACGAGCUUCACGCAGACAAUAGCGAGUAUUCGCGGCUCAUCGACACCCCCGCGAUGUCCGAGAGGGCCAAGUCCGCGAUGACCAUGCUGUCUUCGCGCGGCAAUAACCUGGCUGCGGUUCUGAGAUGUCAAGCUUCACGAGAGAAAUUGGAACACGAGAUACGGGAGCGAAUGGAAGAGAAGCGGCGGGAACAGAUGCUAAGGAUCAAGGAGACGUUGAUCGGUCGUAAGCCUGCGUGGAGGGCAUUGAGAUCAGCCGCUAGGCACGAGCAUGAGAGGGACUUGGACAUAAGGACAUCUCUUCGUCGCGAUGAGGCGCGAGAACAGGCCGAACGUCAUCGCCUUCAGAUGGAGAUAAUGCUAGACCGCGUGACGCAGAUACCAACCCUCUUUGAACGACAUUCCCAGAGCUUCCAGUCGCUCGCGAAGAUACAGCAGAAAACUUCUCCGAAGAGCGUCCAUCGGAAGAAGAAGAAAAGGAAGAAGAAGCCGCCGCCGCCGCCGCAGCUGAAAAGAUCCACAUCGAGCAGCCUGGAUUCGUAUUUGAGCUUCGUGAGUAACUCCAGGCCGAAUUCUGGAUCGUUGACUAGCUCUUCCGGCACUCUGGUAUCCUCAAGUCAAUCGUCGAAGUCGUCGUCCGCGUCACGAAGCUCCGACAAGUCAGCGGCCAAGUCGGAAGCCUCGAUGUCGAAGAAGAAGACGGAUCGUGGCCCACUAAAAGUCUCAAUCAACGAGACGGCGGAGUUGAUCGAAGAUCUUAAUGAUGAGAAAUUCUCUAGCGACGAGCGAUCUCGCAGUGAUGAACGUGAGGACGUGUCGCAGAGUGACGAUAACGAUAUUGCCGGGGAAUAAACUGCAGUAGUAUUUAUUCCGAAAUUACGUCGAAUUUCUUUUUUAACUGAACGUGCAUGUUCUUCAACGAACGCGCAGGUAAUCAUUCCUUAAACAAAAUUUAAUUUAACUCUAUCUUUUUCUACCAUUUUUAAUACUUUUGUAAUCUAACAAGUUUAAGAUAAUAUAAAAAGUUGCAGUAGAAAGUAAAAUAUUAAUCUAGAGAAAGAAAGUUGGACAACUUUCUAGGAAAUCUCGUAUAAUCGCGAACGAUAAAAGCUUUUUAUGAUAUUUA